AUGUCAUUGAAGGAAAUUCGCCUCUCUUCCCCAGAAGAUCCGCGAGCUAAUGAAAAAGUUGUUAUAAACGUCGGUGGUAUUAGACACGAGACUUACACUACUACUCUAAAAAAUAUCCCAGACACAAGACUGUCCUGGAUCACGGAAAACAAGACACAACUUCCCGAAUAUGACCCAAAUACGAACGAGUAUUUCUUUGAUCGCCAUCCGACGGUCUUUACACAGAUCUUAAAUUUCUACCGCACGGGAAAACUUCACUGCCCCAAUGAUGUGUGUGGUCCGCUUUUUGAAGAGGAGCUUGCAUUUUGGGGAAUCGAUGAGCUACAGGUCGAAUCAUGUUGCUGGUUGAACUAUAAGAAACAUCGCGAAGCCCAGGCGAAUUUGGACACAUUGGACGGGCAUGAUUCAGACAGGGACAGCCUUUCAGACAUGGAUAUGACGGUGUACGGACUUGUCGCCGACAGCAUUAGAAACAAGAACCGCACUCUCUGGAAAAAGAUUCAACCCAAAGUUUGGACCACAUUUGAGGAGCCGUAUUCGUCUCGGCUGGCCCAGGUUAGUGACACGAACGUAUAUAAUAGAAAAAACAUGCUUCUAAUUUGCGUUUCAUUUUGCAUGUGUAUUGUCAAUAUUGUUUAAUUUCACACGAAUCGCUCAUGAAGUUGUGUGCUCCGCUUGACGCUUUUGUGCAAAUGCGUUUUAGGCUUUGGCCAUUUUAUCCAUUCAGAUCUCGUCGAUAAAUUCAAGUCAAAACGCCCAUUACUGUGGUUGAGAAAUGAUUUUACUACGGUCAGUUUGGUUUCCAAGAGACCUGAACGAUGAACGCUCCACAAGGCAAAUCACUCGUGCGAUUAUUUUAUUCAAACAUUAUUCGAGGAAACUCAAAGCGACAGCACGCCAACUGACGGAUUACCUGAGUUCCAUUUUGCUUUUCCAUUAAUCUUCAAUUUGACAUCACCCUCUGGUAACCGCGAACCUAAAUUCUUGGCGCUAAUUUACAAACGAAUCGUGAAUCAUCGCUACGUUGUUGUGAUUCUGUGCGCAGACACGAGAAAACGAUUUUGAAUGGGGAAAGUAGAAUUGAUGCUGUGUUUAUAGUUAACCGCUCUCAAAUAAACAAUCUUAAACGUGCGCACUUAGUUCGGCCCUGAUUGAAUCCUUCACGAAUUAUUCGGUGAAAAUUUUCAUUCGCUUUUACGGCGGUUUAAGGAUCAGCCAGACAUGGACAAAAAUCACAUUAACAACAAAUAUAUUAGUGGCCACAUUCUGAAAGUAAUACUUCUGAUUCAUCAGCCUUUAGCAGGUGUCCCGGCGAACAGUGGAGGUGGAUAUUAAUUUCGGAUUGAGAUUUUUUGUUUCAAGUCUCAUCUUGAACUUUCAAACUUUUCCUGACACUUUUUAAUAUUUAAAUGGAAAAGUUAAUGAAAAUUUAUGGUUAAUGACUGUUCUUUGAUACAAUGGUGAAUUUACAAAAUACGAAAAGCUGUCUGUUAUUUCGUCGCAAUUGUCAAAACCUUAAUUCAUAAUUGCAAUUCAAAUAUGUGAAUUUUACAAAAUAAUGAAAAUAUAGCCAGACAAACACGUUUCAUGCCCUUUAAGAUAUUUAUUUCGAUCUUAUUUGAAAAGCUGUUUCACGGAGCAUUGUAGCAAUGGGACAUGACAGCAACGAGAUAGAUUUUUCUUUUUCCAAUCGUAUCCACGCAUGCGUAAGUGCCUGUCUUGACAUAGAAUUUUACGUGAUCCGGCCGUUUGUUCGCUGAAAAUUAAUGGCUCUGACUUUCGUAUCUUUUCGAGGCUACAGCUUUUCUCGAACUUUUUCUUCCAGUGAUAGGUAAAAUGACCAAGUUGGCGAUCAUUAACUCAACGAUUAAAAACCAACUUCACAGAACGUCAUUGCAUAAUAUUAAUCAGGUUUCGAUCAGCAAGCAAAAGGCUGCCUCAGUUCGCUGUCUACAACAUAAAUAAUGGCGAAAAGGCAAUGUUUCAAGCGCUUUUCAGGAACUUAAGAUAACACAUGUUUUCUCAAUAAUUUUUGCCAUUUUGUUGUGAUGUUUUUCGAGUAAACCAUGCAGUUCUUGAUUAUUUUUUUUCUCUCCGAACUCUUUAAAGUAAAAAUCUAUUGCAACCAUAAUUCUUUCCGUACCACAUUGAGUGUAUUAUGUACACAUUUUCAUUGAGUAUCGAGCGGAUUUCACUUUAUCUUUUUAUAUCUCGCUUGGGCAUAAGCUAACGAAGGCAAAUCACCACACAAUUUCGCGAAAGAUCUUUUUAUUAAGAAUCGAAAAUUAAAUGUUAUCGAAAUUCGGCGGCAACUUAACUGAAAUGGAAAAAUAUUCAUUCAUCCUAGACAACGUUAAGUAACAGCUGGGCAUAAACUUUCUUCUUUUAAGCCUCUUGUCCUGAUAAAAUUGGGUCAAAGCUUUUCUCGAAAUCGUGCGCCAUAACAUAACAAAUUUUCUGGUCGUUUUUCCUUUGCAUCGAAAAACUUUUUGUUACCGUCUUAUUCUGUCGUCACUCGUAGUUCUAAAGUAGAAAUUUAAUCUCUUUUACAACGUAAUGAUUGAUUUUUUUAUUAUACUCAUUAUGUAAAACACUCGUCAACGCACUUAAUGGUUUCAUGAUCGCAUCCUGCAGUUUUUGUCGUCAUUGCUAAUUGUGUGCAAUUAGUUUUUGGUUUCAAAGAAAUUUUGUCAAGAAUUGUCAUGAUUUUAAGACGUCGAAAGCAACGCUUGACGUUUUGUAAGUGCCAAAAACAUUUGCCAAACGUCCCCCUUUUUUUAUUUUUUAUUUCGUUACCAACAUAAAAAGGCUUAAGUGGAAAAUUUUUUUAUCAAAUUGCUUUUCAUCCUAUUUUCUUAGUUAUUGUUCAUUCUCUGAAAGGCUCUUGUGCACAAUUCUUGUAAUUCGUACACAACGCGAGAAAAGCGAGCCGGGUUUAACUUUUAAAAUCUCUAUUGCAAAACGGACUCUGGUUUACCCUUUCAGACCAAUAUUCCCGGUAUAGAAAUUAUUUUCUGAAAUUUUUAUCUAUGCUGUUUACUUGUUGAGAAUACGUACGUGACCUUGGUAAGAAUCAUAGAAACAUGAAUAAUAUAGAGUCUGACUGAAUCGGGGCAAGAUCGUUCUUAAAUAAAUAUACAGCAGCGCUUUUAUCUGUUCUAUCAAAGCACUUUUAUGCUAAAACUAAAGUUCACCCACUGUCAAAAGUAUGUUUAUUUUUAAGCUGCGAGCUUUAAGAGAAAGAAAACUAAUCAGUUUUGUCACAAGAAGAUAGUUGUUGUUUUGUUUGAUCAAAUAGAUUGCAACCUUCCGACAAACAAGUUUUCGCCUGCGGUCAAGUCAUGAUCUGUAGAAUUUUUACAGAAGGGGCGAUACUCCUCGAAUGUUUUUCUUAAAGUUUCAUGUAGCGGUGUUUCGAUAGAAUAAUACGUGUACGAGAUUAGGAGAAACCUGCAUUGCCUUGGUUGCUACGUACUGUUGUAAAACCACCCAAAAAUAUUGUAUUGGAUUCAGUUUGGAUUGACUGCUGUACAAACCAAUGGAUAUGUAUAUUGCUACCUGUAUCAACAAGCGAAGCAAAUCGUAAAUGACUUGUUUCUGAAAUAGAGAACAAUAUUCCAGUGGACGAAAGUUUUCAGAAACCGUAGAAAUCCCUUGAUAGCCCUUCUCUUAUCCCAUCCACCCAAGUGUAACUUAUAUUUAACCUUGAAAUAGUCUCGUCAAAAUUUUGAGGUCACGCGGACUCUUUUUUUAGCCAUUUUUUUCCGUAUCACAUUCUUAAUCUUUAGAGAAACUGUCUCGGGGGUCUUAACGGUUUAUAACGUAGCUGUUUCGAGCGAAAUCCUUUAUGUUUAUCCCAAAAAAUCACAAAAUCUUGGAAAAAUGACUAUCCUGACUGUAGUGUAGAAAGGUAAACGAGAACUUUCUUAAAAAAUAGUGAAGUUUUAGUUCGAUGCGGUGAAAUGAAGAAAGAUCAUUUCACGGUUUUUUGUUAUGUUAUUAACGUGAGUCCUCACAAAGAUGUAGGCCUUCAGUUUCUUCGCUUCUACGCCCUCUCAUUGAGGCUCUGCGGUGACUUAAUCCAUUAUUAGGUUACACUUCUAGGAUUAUUAAAGCUUCCUAUAGGUCUAUUUAGGAUAGGAAUCAAACACCCAUGAAAAACACAGGCAAAUACUGCGAAAAUUACAGGAAUCACGAAGGCUCGUUCAAAGAUGUUUUAACGAUAAAAAUCGUCCAGGCUCGCCUUCAUUUUUCAUUCAGAAAGAAUCAGACUCUCCGAAAAAAGUUGCGAGUCUCGCAAUCUCUCAACGUCACCCUUAGCAGUGACCUGCCUUAAAUGGAGCCAAGUCAAGAAUCAUUGCUUGGUUUUCCUCAGUGCACCGUGCAAACUAAUCCAAAACUAUGGACCAAUUUGGAAAAGGGAAGGGAAAAAAACAAAUUUAGAAAUCCUAAAUAGAAACCUAAUGAGACGUUCAAAGAACAAGAAUGGUUGCGAGUGGAGAAGGACAACACGCGUCACGAACGACACGCUGAAAAAUUUAGACUAAUGUUUUAGAUCCUUAAUCUAUUACAAAUAUCCUUGAUAGAAAACUGCGACUUUAUCCGUACUUUAGGCCCCCUUUUCUGGGCCUUGUGUUUAAUUUAAGAUUCUCAUUUACUUUUUUUAUUUCCCAUGCUCGUGGACUUGCUUCGAUUAUGUUCCCUUUGCUCAGUCGACCUAUUUAAUACCACAGAAUUAUUCUUAAGCUUCCAUCUACGCGUAAAAGGUUUAUUUUUUCCCAUUAUAAAACACUCUAAACAACAACAGUAGACGACAAUUAGGCCUAUCGCCUUCCAGUGACACUGUACCUUUACCUAGCGAAGUUUGUAGCAACUUUUCUUCAGUGAAAAAUGCUAAGUGAAAUUCAUUGUUUUGUUGGUAGGCUAUUGCAUUUACCACACUGAUCCUCAUUCUGACCUCCGUCAUAACGUUCUGCCUAGAAAGUGUUCCCUUCUUUGAAGACAAGUCAUCCACUCAGUAUCAGGUCCUCUACAUCACGGAUAUCAUUUGCGUGGCUUGGUUUACACUCGAGUUUGUUAUGCGACUUACUUUCUGCCCAAGAAAGCUGCAGUUUAUCAAGAAACCUAUGAACUGGAUUGAUUUUUGUGCCAUUAUGCCGUUUUAUUUGGAUUUGUUCAUCAGCUCUUCCAAUAUCAAAACUAUUGUAGUUUUGCGUGUGGUCAGACUUAUUCGAGUGUUUCGAAUCUUUAAACUCUCGCGACAUUCAUAUGGUCUUCAGAUCCUCGGUCACACUCUAAGGUCGAGCUGUAGCGAGCUGUUUCUUCUGGCCUUCUUCCUUAGUAUAGGUGUGGUGAUAUUUUCAAGUAUUAUCUAUUACGCCGAAAAAGACAUACGCGACACCAAGUUCACGACCAUUCCAGCCUCCUUCUGGUGGGCUGUUGUCACCAUGACGACGCUCGGCUAUGGAGACAUGGCACCAGAAUCCUGGGAAGGAAAAAUCGUGGGCUCGUUUUGUGCGAUCAGUGGUGUUCUUAUGAUUGCACUUCCGGUUCCAGUGAUAGUGAGCAAUUUUUCGUUGUACUAUUCUCAUGCAAAAGCGAGGCUCAAGCUGCCAAAGAGGAAGAGACCGCUGGUCAUUGGUGCUGCUAACGCGCUCAAGGUUGCUCAAUCGUUUGUUACGCAAAGCAGUCCAAAAAUUUCCAAGGAAAUGGUAGCAGAUCAUAUCGAAAGUGAAGAUCAAGAUGAUUCGGAAAAGGAUGAUUCACGCCCUGGUAGUAGAAACCGUUGGUCGUCACCUUAUCCCAGCAUUCGCUCAACUCCUCGAGCGACUCCAAUGGAAAGGCGACGGCUCCCAAGCGCAAACACUGUAGUCAUUCCUCCAUCACCAAGAAACUCUCUACCAACGUUAGGGCAAGAAGUAAAGAGGGGGAGUUUGUUUGCAGUUCCGGAGGCAGAACGAAUCGAAAUAGAAAUGGUAGAGUGUAACCCUUCGUGUUCAGUGAUAGUUGAAAAUAUACCAACGAACGUAUCCACCAAGGAGAGUGUAUCCCAGCAGUCGUCACCAUCAGCUCUCAAUUCAACCUUCAGAAGCUCUGAAAAAGUGUCUGAAGUGUCCUCAGCAGCAACUGCGCUAAGCCCCAAGAGAAGUGAUACUGAAAGUGGUUCAUCUGUUAUUGAGAUGAAAACCCCGCCAAGCUCUCGGCAAAGAAGUACCUCUUCUAACCAGUCCAUGUCCAUAGAUUCGACGCAAGGCUCGCCAAAGCUGAACCCACGGGGGAGGAUGGGACGCCGCGGCAGCCUGUAUGUUGUUGGUUUUACAGCCAAACACUGGCAGAAUAAGGCGUUGAAGAAAAACAAGAAGACCCAAUCUGCUCAGACUGACACAGGUUCGCGUAAGCCUUCGGCAACGUCGACCGCAGAUCGCACAAGCUCUGCAACCCAGGCUGGUAUUGCGACGAGUGGUCGAAGAAGCAGUGGUAAAACUCCUGAUGACUCUGGGCUGUCUUCUCCGGAGAAAGUGUCUCAGUUACAUUCUCAACUCACUGCUUCAAGAGAGUCUGGAACUGCAACACAGACGGAAGAGGGUAGACCCUUGGCCCAAAAUGGUUUGCGAGACAUACAUGACGGCCAUGGUUACCACGGCGUUGAUGAAAGAAACAGUAAGAGUGUUCAUACGUCUAAGCGAUCUAGAAGUGAACCCCAUGACAGCUCGCGAUUCAAAGCCCUCCCAGUAAAUAGAUUACGCGACGAGUAUCGUAAUGGAAAAUCAACGGGAGUGUCUGUAUCUAUAGAAAGUAACGACUCCAGUGCGAGAUUGUCCGACGACUCAUUAACGAUUAGCGAUCGGCACCGACAGCGACGCGGAUCCUCUCCACUGGUCAGACAAAAGGCCGUAUUUACUUUUGAUAUGCCUGAUCAAUUAGUGCAGGUUGACCCAAGUGCUGGAGGCCGCCUCGCGGCCUCGAAACGUAAAUCAACCCCGUCACGCGCACACGACGACAACGGAUUUUCUCUCUCCCCUCUUAUUGAGCAUAGCGAAAGUGACUUGGCAGAACCGAGGAAACUCAUGGAAACCCGAAGAAACUCGUGUAUUCCAGCAAUAACAACGGAAAGAAAAAGUUCCAACAAGGGCAAGAAAAGCAAGUCUUCAGGGAUCAUUCCUAACGGUUAUGUCAACGGUUCUUACCAUUUCGAUGAAGACGACAGAAGAUUAAGCGAGAGGCGGUUAUCAUCUGGAACUCAGAACAGUGGUAUUUCGAGCGCUAAAGAACUCUUCCUUGAUCCGGGGUUAAAUCGGUCGCGAAGUGAAACAUACCCGGCUUAUUUCGCACUCGGUCCAGAAGCGCACCCGUCUAUUACCCUCUCAAGUCACGGUGAACCAUUCUACACAGAAGCUAAAUCGUUCGGGCAUUACUCUGCCCUGGAUCAUCGACAAAUUUCGUCAAACUCUGAUUCAAACUUACCUUCUAUAAGUGAGGAACUCGCUGGCUUUAACUCCAAACAGCGCGGGGUAGACAUGGCCUGUUUAGAGACACCAGGGAUGCUGCCACGACCAAACUCUCUCCCCAACGCCUGGAGCGGGAAUCUUGUCCGACCAGUUGUAAUGCACCGUCCACAUAGCGACUCCGUCUACUUCAAUCAUACCGAUGCGUACCACUUCCCUUCGGAAGUGGGUAGUUCAAUGGGAAAUCUUCGACAACCCGCAGGAAUUCUGCGAUUUCCUGCAGCGAACGUUGGCCAAAGUGAUCUAAAGGGUCAACCGGUAAGAAGGCACACUUAUGGUUCUUUUGAGGAGCAGAAAUUGAUUCGUGACCAGGAAAUGGAAAGCCUUCUGGCUCAGCGACGCCAGGGGCGUGUACUUUAUGUCCACGUGCCGCAAAGUGAAACCACGAGUCGUACAACAACUGAUCAUGGUGAGCAUGGUGACAGAAUGACGGAAGUAUCACGAUAUGAAAUGUCACAGUCGAAAAAUAACACUUGUGAGCACGUUGGCUCGCCUUUCUUUAAAAAGACGGAAUCUGUAUCGAGCCCAGAUUUGCUUUCAAUGAAAGGAACUUUACCGCCAGGUAGACUCUCUUCAAAUCUAUCUAAUAGUUGGUAUCAAUCGGCCAAUGAACCUCCAAGAACACUUAAUGGUUUUGAUGGGAUCUUUAGUGACUAUCCCAAUUACCCAUCACACCCUAGCGGUGGAGCGCUAUCGACAUGUUCAGUUUCUGUUCAUUCGGUUCCAAAUAGUGUACAAAACGUCUCUGUCAAACAUUUUGUUGAUGAAUCAAUAGCUGCUCGGUUGCCAUCGACUUCACGAUCAUCUGGUGAGGAAGCUGCGCGUGUUCAGAGCGCAUCAUCGCCAGCACUUGAACGUACGGACGGAGAAGUGAUGUUCAAUGGACAUGAGACUUUACAAAAAAGAGACAGUUCAAGCAGGCCUGCUAGUGUUCCAGUAUUCAAUCGUCAACGAGCUCGUGCAAUUUUUGUGGGUGAUUCUGGAAUUGAUAGCGUGGGUAGUUUAACUUCAAUGACACAUUCGUUGGAAGCCGAGGUGGAAAGCGUGACAUGUCCAAGUAACUCUAGAGUCGACAUCCUAAAUCCAAUCCAUGAGAAUGACACUGAAAUCUCCGAUUCGAGCCAAGCAGAAAACGCUCGAAACACUGGAACAGCAGUGUCCGUGCAAUCCGCGAACGAGGACCAUGAGAAGACUAAGAAAAAACAGCUGGUGAUGAGCAAUGUGAAGCUUAAUGGAAACCGUAUGUCAGAUAUUCUUGGUAACUCGGAUUUAUACGAGUCCAGCUUAGUGUAG